AUGGACGAGGACAAGCCUGAAUGCCGACUGGCUUACGUAAAGCCCACAGUCGAAAACGUGGUGGCCUACAACCGCUACAAGAAAACGCAGCCGAUGGUCAACGGCGUCUCGAUGGUCAGCGUCCCCUGCCUCGACAUGCCCAUCCUGUUCGGCGGCGGCAGAGACUUCGACCUGCUCCUCCUGCAACACCCGCACAACGUACUGGCCGGCGUAGACCUCUUCAUCCUCAGUAACGCAAUCCUCCUGUGGUUCGACCAUCUCGGCUGCGGCAUAGAAGCACCCUACAGCAGCGUCAUUUACCACGGCUCGGUCCAUUCUCCAGCCGACAGGGAAGGCCGCCAGCUCUCGAUGCUGGUAACCCUGGACCGAGACCCGCUGCUCAACGACCAGUUCCCGCCGACGCCAAACGACCCCGGUUCCGACAGCCUCGAGCUUCUGCUGCGGCCCCGCUACUCCCUCUACGAUAGACACUACAACCCGGAGAUCGACACCCUAUUCAACUUUCAAGACUUCGGAGUGAACAGGGGAGACCAGAUGGUCAACAACUGCCACGAAGCAAUAGCCACCUGUCUGGAGAUAUACAACACACAAGACCCACCGCCAGACCUAGAACAAGACGAACAAGAAUUACUACCGGAGACAAUAUUCGCAGAGCAGGGAACUAUCGGCUAA